GCCGCUGUCCGGUUCCAUUUCCGCCACUGCGGCUGCGGCGAGGUUGGUGUGCAUCCGGACUCCUCCCGCCGGCGAAGCAGCGGAGGCCUCAGGCUUGUGCGUCUGUACGGUUCGGUGCCGUCCGUCAAUGCGGUGCGGUGCUAGCCAAGGUCAUUAGGUCAAGACAACCAGAGAUGGCCUUCUCUAUCUUCCUUGGCUACCCCUGCCCUUUCGUCCUACUUUUCUCAAGGAAUCUGCUUCCAACCAUCUUCCCUUUACUUCCCUCUUGAUCUUCAAUCCUACUUGACAAACCAUACACAUUCAUCAUCGACCUCUUUAUUCCCACAUAGGCCAUCAUCACCUGAGAUUGAAUCAAGUGGGUGUGACGAGAAGAUGCUGAAGAAACUGCUAUCAAAACCCAAGAGCAAGAAGAAGAAGGAGGCUGCCUCCUCUGCCCUCCCCACUUUGGAUAGGCUCCAUGAGACUCUAGAAAUACUGGAGAAGAAAGAGUGUUUCCUUCAGAAAAAGGCUUCUGCAGAAGUUGAAAGGGCGAAGGACUAUACAAAAGCUAAGAACAAAAGUGCUGCAAUUCAGUGUCUAAAGAAAAAGAAGUUGUAUGAAACACAGAUCGAGCAGCUAUCAAACUUUCAGUUGCGAGUUCAUGAUCAGAUAAUAAUGCUUGAGAGCGCAAAGGCAACUACAGAUACUGUUGAUGCUUUGAGGUCUGGAUCAUCUGCUGUCAAAGCUAUUCACCAGUCCGUGAGUAUUGAUGACAUCGAAAAUGCCAUUGAAGAAGCAAAUGAACAAACUGAAAAUAUGAGGCAGAUACAGGAGGCACUCGCAACACCAAUCGGUGCUUCUGCUGAUUUCGAUGAGGAUGAACUAGAAGCAGAGCUGGAAGAUCUUGAGGAGGAAGAGCUCGACAAUGAGCUGCCUGAGCCACCACAGCGGACAAGCAUGGAACCAUCAGCGAGAGCUAUUACUUCUCAAAAACCAACCAAUGAUUUGGCUGAACUGACCAAACUUCAAGCAGAGAUGGCACUUUAACCUCAGUUUGGACUCGGAGUUGUCUGUAUUUUACUGACAUCCUGCUGUGUAGUGUACUCGAUUUUAACGUGUUGUAAAUUCAGUUUGUUGUAGAAAAAGCCCUUCCUUUUAUUACUGCGUUUCUUCUUUGCUGUU